AUGCUGCAAUUCCUUCCAUUUGUCGGCCUGUUCGCUAGCGUCGUGGCGGGCCACGGCGUCGUUGACAGCUUCAAAACGGACGGCGUAGAGCAUCCCGGCUAUCAGCUCAGCUACUACUAUGACAAAAAGAAUGGCAAGGAGCUUCCCGAGCUAGCUGCCUGGUCUGCUGAAAAUCUUGACAGUGGAUUUGUUGCGCCCGAGAACUACACGUCUCCUGACAUUAUUUGCCAGAAGAAUGGUGUCUCCGCCAACUCCACUGUCAAAGUGUCUGCUGGCGGAACCGUCGAGUUUCACUGGACACGAUGGGCUCACUUUGGCCCCAUGAUGACCUAUGUUGCCAGGUGUCCAUCUGAUGACUGCACCAAUGUUGACAAGACUACACUCGAAUUUGUCAAGAUAGACGAGGCUGGCAUCAACUUUGAUACGCAGGAAUGGGCUGCUAGGACUAUGGUCAACAACAACAACACUUGGGUCACCACCGUUCCGAAAUCUCUCGCAGCUGGCAGCUAUGUCUUUCGUCACGAGACCAUCGCUGUUCACGGCUCGUUCCGAGAAGGCGGUGCUCAGAACUAUCCUCAAUGCUUCAACAUUGAGGUCACCGGGUCCGGUACAGCAGAACCUAAGGGGGUUCGAGCCCAAGAACUGUACACCCCCACUGAUCCCGGCAUUUUAUUCAACCCCUACAAAACACCGAUCCAGAACUACACUAUCCCUGGCCCCGCGCUGUUCAGGGACGGAGAAGCAGCAACCGCCACCAGCACCGCCCCGACCACGCCAUCCGGUCAACCAUGGGUAAACAACGCAACUAGUCGAUCUUUCGCCAACUCAACGGUACAUGUUCCCAUUCCUUCCACGACGCCAUCAGAACCUGCCGGUACCCUCUCCACCAAGGUCGCCACGGUCAUUCCCACCUCGCGAACCACCGAGACCGCAAUCGCGUCUAGCUCGGCCAGCCUCCCUGCUACGCCCAAGACCGGCCCUACAGUCCAAGCAACCCAGUCUGUGUCAUCCUCAGCCUGUCUAUCCACAGGAUCGGAGUUCGUAACCUCCAAGGCAGACACAGACACAGUUUUGAAUGGCGGAGACUCGCUGCCUCAGACGUUUACGCUGGAGACCUUCAUCGAGUGGCUCCGUGAGAAUUCGUCCAAGAAUACGCGCCGCCAUCCUCGUGAGCUUCUUUAA